AUGAGUAGUACAACUUCUGCCUCGUUUGUGGAACAUCGCUUGAAAAAUGUCGUUCAUUCAAAUUACGCAGUUCGUGAAAUAGUUCAACGAAAUAUUCAAGAAUUUUUCCGAUUACGUGAUGAAGUCUUGAGCAAACCGGAAAUCAAAGAUUUAAACAUUUUCGCUGAUAUUCUUUUACCAGUUCUCGAAGGAUUACGAAUUAAACAGUUGCAAGCGUGCGCACGAUCAAACAAAAUUCAAUUGGCACUGUGCGGAGAGAAUUCCAGUGGCAAAACAGCCUUCUUGCAUAACUUUUUGGGCAUUGGCAAGAUACUUCCAUCAGGUGAUGGUCCUGUUACAGCGCGUAUCACCAAACUCACGUACGCUUCUCCUCUGGAAGCCUCUAUUCGUCUAUACAACAACUUACNAAUUGGUGUUUAG